CAUUACGGCGCUUAAAAGAGAAACGUUCAGAAAAUGGGCUCGAGGGACUGUUAGAGUACAAAAACCUUCGAGACUUGAAGAACAAAAGCCCUGAAUAAAUUGUACUUCAUUUGACAUCAGAGAGUUGCCUCUGGUCUACCGAACAUUUGGUGAAAAAGUAGUCGAUAAUUACAAACGACAGUCUCGUCUUGACCAUGAACAUUUUCACCAAAGCCUGCGAUUAGACUAUCUGUUUAAACUUCCAAGUCUAUCGCCAGGGUCUUCGUUACUCGAUGUACGCCUAAGGCGCAAUAUGAACAUACUCUCUGCUAACUCAGUGCUGCCAGCUGAAUUUGUCCCGUAUCUAAAAAGUGUGGUACGUAUAAUGAACGAAUUGUUCCAAAGAUUCCCGAACUCUUAUUUUGAUCUGCCGUUGUCUGACCUGUAUUGUGCAAUAAGGUUGGCGUCCCAUUCGGGGCAGUUGCCAGGGGAUAUGCUUGUGAAAGAGGUCCAUGCUAUGAUGAAACUGCGAAUGGAAAAGCCUGAGGAGCUUAAGAGAAAGGAAGAGGAAAAGAGGCAAAUUAGGAUGAAACCUCGAUAAAAUGGUGAGAAUGUUUCAAAAUAAACAUAUUUCUUUGCCUUUGCUAAAUUUGAUUUUUUUGGAAUUAAAUAUUCUUUUACAAUUUUUUAGCCAAAAGCAGCGAUGACGUAGAUCCGCCUUUUCGACGUCUCAGUGUUAUUCCCACUCAAGAGGACAUAUCCACUGGGGGAACGCCCUUCCUUAGAAGGAACAAAGUUGAUGGGGUCUAUGAGGACGUGGAACAUUAUUUAGACGUACAUUUCGGCUUUUACGUGAGGACUUCCAGCGGCCUCUCCGUGAAGGGAUCACAAAGUUGUUAAAAUGUCCUGGCUCCUCCAAAGUUGGAGCCCUACAGGACAUAAAUCCAAUGGUAUCCGUUACAAGAUCAAGUUUGACAACUUCAACCUUAAACAUGUGCGCUGGGAAAACAGCAAAAGGCUCAUCUUUGGUUCGUUGUUGUGUUUGUCUUCAGAUCAGUUUGAAACAAUUGUGUUUGCAACAGUGGCCAACCGAGAACUUCCAGAGAUAAGAUGGGGCAUGCUAAAUAUACAAUUCAUCAUGCCAUCUGAUAUUGAAGGACUUGAAGAAAGUGACGUGUUCCAGAUGGUAGAGAGCAAUGCCUACUUUGAGGCGUAUCGUCACGUGGUUAAGGGUCUACAACGGAUUUUCCCGGAUUAUGUACCUUUUCAGGUACGGAUGGUCCUUCAUCCUCGAGUUUCCUUAAAUAUAGGGCGCCUUCGGGAGUACAUUGUGAAUUGCCAAGAACAAGUCGAGCCUUCUGUUUACUUGAGAAGUAUACCACAGGGACAAAUCACCUUUGAUCUUACUCUCAUUGUAAAAAAAAGUGAGAAAAACUACUUUUAAAAGGUAUGAGGUGAAAGUAGCCAAAAAAACCGAAAGUU